GCUGCGGGGCGGCCACGCCACUUCCGCCUCCGCCGCCGCGUGAGGGGCCGGGACCGCUGGGAGCGGCACCGGGAGCACCGGGGAUUCCGGGAGCGGCACCGGGAGCAGCGCCGGGAGCGGCCGAGCCGGGAGCGCGGCGGAGGAACCGCCGCCCAGCGCAGCCCCGCGCCGGCCGCCGCAGCCCCGAGCGGCUGCGCCCCAGCUCCAUGAAUGGAAAUCGGCAGCGCAGGACCCGUGGGGGCACAGCCCCUGCUCAUGGUGCCCAGACGUCCCGGCUAUGGCACCAUGGGCAAACCCAUUAAACUGCUGGCCAACUGCUUCCAAGUUGAAAUCCCAAAGAUUGAUGUCUACCUCUAUGAGGUGGAUAUCAAACCAGAUAAGUGUCCUCGGAGGGUGAACAGGGACGUGGUGGACUCUAUGGUGCAGCAUUUUAAAGUGACAAUAUUUGGGGACCGUAGACCAGUUUAUGAUGGGAAAAGAAGCCUCUAUACAGCCAAUCCACUUCCUGUGGCCACUACUGGGGUGGAUUUGGAUGUGACACUACCCGGAGAAGGUGGAAAAGAUCGUCCCUUCAAAGUGUCAAUAAAGUUUGUUUCUCGGGUGAGCUGGCACUUGCUGCAUGAAGUUUUGACAGGAAGAACCUUGCCUGAGCCUCUGGAACUAGACAAACCUAUCAGCACUAACCCUGUUCAUGCUGUCGAUGUGGUGCUACGACACCUCCCCUCCAUGAAGUACACCCCUGUGGGCCGCUCCUUCUUCUCAGCUCCAGAAGGCUAUGACCACCCCCUGGGAGGGGGCAGGGAGGUCUGGUUUGGGUUCCAUCAGUCGGUCCGUCCUGCCAUGUGGAAAAUGAUGCUCAACAUCGAUGUUUCUGCCACUGCCUUCUACAAAGCACAACCUGUAAUUCAGUUCAUGUGUGAAGUCCUUGACAUUCAUAAUAUUGAUGAACAACCAAGACCUCUGACUGAUUCUCAUCGGGUAAAAUUCACCAAAGAGAUAAAGGGUCUAAAGGUAGAAGUGACUCACUGUGGGACAAUGAGAAGGAAGUACCGUGUCUGUAAUGUAACGAGACGGCCUGCAAGUCAUCAAACCUUUCCUUUACAACUAGAAAAUGGCCAGACUGUGGAGAGGACAGUAGCACAGUAUUUCAGAGAGAAAUACAACCUCCAGCUGAAAUACCCUCACCUUCCUUGCCUGCAAGUAGGACAGGAACAAAAACACACCUACCUGCCUUUAGAAGUGUGUAACAUCGUGGCUGGCCAGAGGUGCAUCAAGAAGCUGACAGACAAUCAGACAUCGACCAUGAUAAAAGCAACAGCCAGGUCUGCCCCAGACAGGCAGGAGGAGAUCAGCAGACUGGUGAGAAGCGCAAAUUAUGAUGCAGAUCCGUUUGUCCAAGAGUUCCAGUUCAAAGUGAGGGAUGAGAUGGCCCAUGUGACGGGGCGCGUGCUCCCAGCCCCGAUGCUGCAGUACGGAGGACGGAAUCGAACCGUGGCAACACCAAGUCACGGUGUGUGGGACAUGCGAGGGAAGCAGUUCCACACUGGGGUGGAGAUCAAGAUGUGGGCCAUAGCUUGCUUUGCAACACAGAGACAGUGCAGAGAAGAAAUUCUGAAGGGUUUCACAGACCAGCUGCGCAAGAUCUCCAAGGACGCCGGGAUGCCGAUCCAGGGCCAGCCCUGCUUCUGCAAGUACGCCCAGGGUGCAGACAGCGUGGAGCCCAUGUUCCGACACCUCAAGAACACCUAUUCCGGGCUUCAGCUCAUCAUUGUCAUCCUGCCAGGGAAGACACCUGUGUAUGCGGAGGUGAAGCGUGUGGGAGAUACACUGUUAGGAAUGGCCACACAGUGUGUUCAGGUCAAGAACGUCAUUAAAACAUCUCCACAGACCCUCUCAAAUCUGUGCCUGAAGAUUAAUGUUAAACUAGGAGGAAUCAACAACAUCCUUGUACCUCAUCAACGACCUUCUGUGUUCCAGCAGCCAGUGAUCUUUUUGGGAGCUGAUGUCACUCACCCUCCAGCUGGAGAUGGAAAGAAGCCUUCCAUUGCUGCUGUUGUAGGCAGCAUGGAUGCUCAUCCCAGCCGGUACUGUGCCACAGUGAGGGUCCAGCGGCCCCGGCAGGAGAUCAUCCAGGACCUGGCCUCCAUGGUCAGGGAGCUGCUCAUCCAGUUCUACAAAUCAACACGGUUCAAGCCCACUCGUAUCAUCUUCUACAGGGACGGGGUCUCUGAGGGACAGUUCCGACAGGUUUUGUAUUAUGAGCUGCUGGCCAUUAGAGAAGCCUGCAUCAGUUUGGAGAAAGAUUACCAGCCUGGAAUAACCUACAUUGUGGUGCAGAAGCGACAUCAUACGCGGCUGUUCUGUGCUGACAGAACAGAAAGGGUUGGACGAAGUGGCAAUAUUCCAGCUGGGACAACUGUAGAUACUGACAUUACACACCCCUACGAGUUUGAUUUUUACCUCUGUAGCCAUGCUGGAAUACAGGGAACCAGCCGUCCCUCCCACUACCACGUCCUGUGGGAUGACAACUGUUUCACAGCAGACGAGCUGCAGCUGCUGACGUACCAGCUGUGCCACACGUAUGUGCGCUGCACCCGCUCCGUCUCCAUCCCCGCGCCCGCCUACUACGCUCACCUGGUGGCAUUCAGAGCACGCUACCACCUCGUGGACAAGGAACACGACAGUGCUGAAGGGAGCCACGUGUCAGGACAGAGCAACGGGCGAGACCCGCAGGCCCUGGCGAAGGCUGUACAGAUUCACCAAGACACCUUACGCACGAUGUACUUCGCUUAAGUCAAUGACCUGGGAGACACUCACGGAGAGGAGAACUGAGAACUUAAGCCACAUACAAUGUAUGUUUCCAGGGGGUUGGUUUAGGGGCUGUGCCUCCCAUCGUGCUGGAGCUGACGCUGUGCAGGGGCGAGAGGCUCACCCUUAAAUUGACACGAGGAAGAUUGUUUACUUCAUCCAGGAACACAGCACUAUUAUGCAAUAUGAAACCAGCCAACUGCUUUUUUGGGGCGGGCUCCCGUGGGAAGCACCGCCAUCAUUUUUUUUUAAUUAUUAUUUCUCGUAGUUUAACCCUCUUCUGCCUUUACCUCAAGUUGCUCGGCAGCACAACUAUUGUUGCAAAAAAAAAAAAAUAGUAAUAAUAAACUAAAAUCUGUUGUGUAAUUUAAAACAAAAAACAAACCACCUUUUAGGAACAAUCACAGUGAUUGUUUGGAGGAGGGAAGUGUGCAAAAAAGAAAAUAAUUAAGUUUUUAACCCCCGUGCAUUGAGGAAUCUUUCUCUCAGUAUUGCCAUCGAGCAUUCGAAUGUGAACAUAUCCAAGUGCAUUGGAAUGUACAGCACUAGCUAGGAAACAGUGAGGGGGGGGAAGAUGUUUUGCACACUAAUCCAAUAAUUUGAACCUAAUUUAGCCAACGGCUGCCUUUGUGUCUUUUCUCACAGCUUUGGAGUUCUCAGCUCCAAGAGUUCCCUUUCAAAAGCAAUCCAAGAAGCUCGUGGUUCAUGUGCAGGCAGUAGUGACCCAACUCUUCUUGCUCCCUGGGGGAAUUUACUAAAGCUGCUGUUUUACCUAGUCCAAAAGUUUCAAUUUUUUCCUAUCUGGCAUGUCAAAUCUGUUGAAGCUUCACGUGAGAUCCGAUGUCCCAGGUUUUCUGGGAUGACAUACAGUAACCACCAGAACUGAAACUUUAGAGCUAAGGUCUUUUUGGAAAAAAAAGAAACCUGCUACUUUACUUGCUGCCUCUCACACCUUAAUGUGAUUCAUAUGUAUGUGUGUUUGAAGUUUAGCUUCCUUUUGUUUCUUUUGUAUUUAUUAGAGUAAUAAUAAUGCUUUAAUUUAAUUAUUACAGAACAUAUGGUCAACAUCAACUUUUAUUUUUUAGAAAUGUAAUCAUGUUUAUUUUUUAAAAAAACUGACAACUUGUUUUGCUAUCUUUUAGUGCAAUAAGCAUUCUAAAGAAAAACUGUGUCCAUUGAGCUGUACUGAAGCAGUGUCUGUACCACAGACCGUGGGAGAAUGGACACCUCCAGGAUUUUAAAAGGACAAAGUAAAAGCCUUAAUUUUGAAAGGAAAGUUUUAUAGUCAGAAGGAAUCUUGAAUUUUCCUUUUUUAAAUCAAAAAAAAAUAUACAAAAAUGCUUCUAGACUUCUGCAAGCUUUACUUGUCACUGCAGUCUUUUGAUUUAACAAAGGAAUUGGCCUUAUUUUUGGCUUUGAAAUGUGGAGCAUAUUUGAAUUAAAUGGAAAGGGUUUUGUAUUAAGAUCUCAGUUUUUACAUGCUUAGUUAAACCUAUUUGACAUCAGUAAAAUGUCUGGAAUUAAUAAAAGUUUUUAGGCUUUUUUCCUCUUUGAUAGUGACUUUCCUUUUAAAAUUAAGUUAUUGGUAACUUCAUUUCACUUUGCAAAUAAAGAGGGCUGGGAUAGUUCUAACAUGUUAAAUCACUGAAAUGUGAAACAAACCAAUGGGACUCUUUCAUUCCACUUAAAACCAAUGUUUAAGAUGUCAGAGACGAGCGUUUAUUCAACAAGGGGACUGGGGAGUUUUGCACUUUGUAAA